CAUCCCAACCUGAAUCAGACCUAACUCUAGGGCUCCAAUCUUGUUUACCUAGAAGCUUAAUGCUAGUGGAGAAAGCAGAGUAGAACAAAACUUGCACGCGGCGGGCACCGCCUUCCUCCGAGGCCCCGCCCUAUCCAUGGGGCAAGGAGAGGAGGGGUUUCCAUGGUGAUCGCAAACAAGGCUCCACCCGGAGGGGCCGCUACGGAGUUGCUACCCUUACUGCCACCAUGAUACCCCCCGCAGACUCUCUGCUCAAAUAUGACACCCCGGUGUUGGUGAGCCGGAAUACAGAAAAACGGAGCCCCAAGGCUCGGCCACUGAAAGUCACCGUCCAGCAGCCUGGACCCUCUGGUACAGGCCCACAGCCACCCAAGGCCAAGCUGCCCUCAACUUCCUGUGUCCCAGAUCCUACCAAACAGGCAGAAGAAAUCUUGAACGCCAUCCUGCCUCCAAGGGAGUGGGUGGAAGACACACAGCUAUGGAUCCAGCAGGUGUCCAGCACACCCAGCACCAGAAUGGAUGUGGUGCAUCUCCAGGAGCAGCUGGACCUGAAGCUGCAGCAGAGGCAGGCCAGGGAGACUGGCAUCUGCCCUGUGCGCAGGGAACUCUACUCCCAGUGUUUUGAUGAGCUGAUUCGGGAGGUCACCAUCAAUUGCGCAGAGAGAGGGCUGCUGUUGCUGCGUGUCCGGGAUGAGAUCCGCAUGACCAUCGCUGCCUACCAGACUCUGUAUGAGAGCAGUGUGGCAUUUGGCAUGAGGAAGGCACUGCAGGCUGAACAGGGGAAGUCAGACAUGGAGAGGAAAAUUACAGAAUUGGAGACUGAAAAGAGAGACUUGGAGAGGCAAGUGAAUGAACAGAAGUCGAAAUGCGAGGCCACCGAGAAGCGGGAGAGCGAGAGGCGACAGGUGGAGGAGAAGAAGCACAAUGAGGAGAUUCAGUUCCUGAAACGGACCAAUCAGCAAUUGAAGGCCCAACUGGAAGGCAUUAUUGCACCGAAGAAGUGAUCAUUUCCAUAUGGGUCUCAAGCAGGCCCCUUGCCCCAUAAGCCCAUUGUAAUAAAAAGCCAGUUUCCUGAGCGAACAAGCCAUCCCCUCCCCGGUUACCACUCAUGUAACUGUUAGAACCGUUGUCCCAGAGUCAUGAGGCACCUAAGGUCCUGCAGCCAGGCUCCUGGCUGGGCAAUGGAAGGUGGUGGAACCCUGUGUCCAUGUGCAGCUUAUAAAUUAGCCUGAGGUUGUGUCAUCUCACUAACUUAGGAAGCAAGUGUUUCUCAGAGACUGACUACCUUAGCACCGAGUUUGGUUCUCAGCUCACCUUAUACCUUGGGCUUCUCUGACCCCACCCUUCCUUGUCACCUUUCUCAUGUAAGCUUCAGGAAUUUGUUUCAAAGUUUGGUUUUAGACUAUAGGGGCUUUUUCCCAUCCGCUGAGUCAGCAGGACCCUGUCCUUAGUCAUCGUCCUGGCUUCAUGAGGAAACAGCAGAGUCCAAGCCAUGCUCACUAAGAGGUACAAAGUCCCGGUGUCUUGAGAGCUGUCUGCACCCAGGUCCUCCCCACACCAUUUGAAUACUUUCUGCUGGAUAACAAAGCCUGAUUCUACACUCCCUAGAUAGCUACUAAGAAUGGCUAAGGAGGUAGCCACAUCUCACAUGUAGUUCUAGACAAAUUAUGGACUGAAUGCAUAUUUAUAGAUCCAGAAGACUAUCUGUAUCAGAUACAGACAAAUCUCCAUUGGGGAAAAGCCCAGGGAAGGAGGGGAGAAUGAACCUGGUGACACCCAUUAUUCAGUCAAGUGGCACUAACAUUAUCUUCCAAUUGGUAGGAAUGCCGAGGGUUCACAGUAGCCCUGAAGAGGGGGCCAGAAGGGGUUCACUCCUGGGCAGCUUUGACCUCCAUCCCAAUCUAAGCUUACUGCAAGGCCUAUGAACCCCAAGAGCUGUUCUGGGUUGAAUGUAUCCCAACACUCUGAUCUUAUACUAGAAGUCACAAUCCUGGACCCUCACCCAGUAUCCUGAGGAAUUAGGUCGCCACUACCACAACCUGCCUGUGAAGCCAUGUUCCUGGAACAGCAUGGUCUGUGGUGUGCUGGCUUUGUGGGUGGUGCAGGAAAAUAUCCAUACCCUAAAUGACGUUGCUGGGGCACUCCUCCUGCCUCUAAACCUCACCUGAAUGUCUCUGAAGCACUGGUGCUUCACAGCUGUGUAGAGUUCUAGCCCCAGCGCUGCUCAGUAGUGUAAGAGAAAUACGCAUGUCUGUAGACGCAUACAAGAGGGUCACACACUGGAGGAACUGAGGGCCAGGUCAAGUGUUUGAAAAACUGUGGGGCUGAGGACUUCCUGUUGCCACAGAACUAG